CCAGUGUUUGUGUUUUUGUGUGUUUUUUUUAUAAAUAAAAAAAGUUUAAAAGUGAAGAAUAAAUAAAGUUGUUAUUGUUUUGUUGCAAUAUAUUUGUUAAUUAAACAAAUUAAAAUAAUCAAAAGUAAAACAGAAGAAUAAUAAUGGCUCGUAGGAAAGUUUCUUUAACGUUGUCGUCUUCAUCGUUGGCUUUGUCUAAACAGCAGCAGCAGCAACCAUCUACACUGGAUAUUGAGAAAAUUAAACGCCAUUUUAGUUGGUCUGAUUGUGAGACAAUUUCUUCCGAUCCAGUUAUGGCCACAAAUAAUGAUGGCGGAACAAUAGCACCAAAUCAGUGGCAACGUAAUUCCCAAGCCGCCGUCUCAGUACGUCAUGCUUUUAAAGCUUAUGGCAAAAAGAAAAACGCAAAUCAAGUUUUAAACAACUUGAAUAUGACAGUACCAAAGGGCACAAUUUAUGGUCUUCUAGGCGCUUCGGGUUGUGGUAAAACAACUUUACUCUCCUGCAUAGUGGGCCGUCGUCGACUAGAUUCUGGUGAAAUUUUCGUAUUAGGUGGUAAACCUGGUACACCUGGCUCUGGUGUACCUGGCAAACGUGUCGGUUAUAUGCCACAAGAAAUAGCACUCUAUGGUGAAUUUUCCAUACGUGAAACAAUGAUGUAUUUCGGUUGGAUAUUUGGUAUGGAAACAAAAGAGAUUGUUGAACGUUUACAUUUCUUGUUGAAUUUCUUGGAUUUACCAUCGGAGAAACGUCUGGUGAAGAAUUUGAGUGGUGGCCAACAGAGACGUGUAUCGUUUGCUGUCGCCCUAAUGCACGAUCCGGAAUUGUUGAUUUUAGAUGAACCCACAGUUGGUGUAGAUCCUCUGCUAAGACAGAGUAUAUGGAAUCAUUUGGUUCAUAUAACAAAAUCGGGACAGAAAACAGUUAUAAUCACAACACAUUAUAUAGAAGAGGCCAGACAAGCGCAUACGAUAGGUUUAAUGCGUUCUGGUAAUCUAUUGGCCGAAGAAUCACCCAGCGUUUUACUAUCCAUGUACAAAUGUAUCAGUUUAGAAGAAGUAUUUUUAAAAUUAUCCCGCAUUCAGUCACAAAAGGGCGAUAUAUCUCAGGUUAACUUCAGUAAUAAUAUUUCAUUACAUGCCAUGGGUUUCGGCAGCAAAAUGGAUAAACCUAGUUCCAGUCAAGAAGGCGGCGUUGUGGGCUUAAAUUUCCAUCAAAGCAAAGAAGUUUUAAUCAACGAUACUAAUGGAUCCAUUUAUACGUUAAAUCAAGAACCCUACGAUCCACCCAUGAAAAAGAAUAAUCCAAAUGAUGAAGAAAGUUGUCAAGAUUGUUAUGCUAAUUUAUGUCGAGUAACUUCCAAGGGUAAAAUCAAGGCGUUAUUAACAAAGAAUAUGUUGCGCAUGUGGCGUAAUGUGGGAGUAAUGUUAUUCAUCUUUGCCCUGCCCGUAAUGCAAGUUAUUUUGUUUUGUUUGGCUAUAGGACGGGAUCCUACCGGUUUGAAUUUGGCUAUUGUUAAUCAUGAAAUGAAUAAUACGGAAAUUUGCUAUUGGGAAGAUGGUUGCCAUUUUACCAACUUGGGCUGUCGUUAUUUGAAUCAUCUAAAUCAUAGUGUGGAGAAAACGUUUUAUUCCGAUCUGGAGGAUGCAAAAGAAGCGGUUAGACUGGGCAAUGCCUGGGGUGCUAUUUAUAUAACGGAAAACUUUACAGAUGCUUUUACCGCCAGAGCAGCUUUAGGUCGCGAUUCCGAUGAUGAGACCAUUGAUCAGUCUGAAAUUAAGGUUUGGCUUGAUAUGUCUAAUCAACAGAUUGGUGUUAUGUUAAAUCGUGAUAUUCAGCUGGCUUAUCGUGACUUUGCCAUGGGCCUUUUAGAUCAAUGUGGUAAUAAUCCCAAAUUGGGUGAUGUACCCAUUCAAUUUAAGGAACCCAUUUAUGGCACUAUGAAUCCUUCGUUCACCGAUUUUGUUGCUCCUGGUGUUAUUUUAACCAUUGUUUUCUUCUUGGCUGUCGCUUUAACAUCAUCGGCUUUGAUCAUCGAACGUACUGAGGGUCUUUUGGAUCGUUCUUGGGUUGCUGGUGUAACUCCCGCAGAAAUUCUAUUCUCUCAUGUUAUAACACAAUUUGUGGUCAUGUGUGGUCAAACGACAUUGGUGCUUGUCUUUAUGUUGGUGGUAUUUGGUGUCACCAAUAAUGGUGAUUUAAUUUGGGUUAUUGUUCUCACACUGCUGCAGGGUUUAUGUGGAAUGUGCUUUGGUUUUCUUAUAUCAUCGGUUUGCGAGCUGGAACGUAAUGCCAUACAACUGGCACUGGGUUCAUUCUAUCCCACGCUAUUGCUGUCGGGUGUCAUUUGGCCCAUUGAGGGUAUGCCCAUAGUGUUAAAAUACAUAUCCCUGUGCCUGCCUUUGACCUUGGCCACCUCGUCGCUGCGUUCUAUAUUGACACGAGGUUGGGAAAUUGUGGAAACUUCAGUGUAUUCUGGUUUCCUUAGUACUUUAGGCUGGAUUUUAGGUUUCUUAAUAUUAACAUUAUUGGUGCUGCGUUCGAAACGAGGUUAAUAUUUGUUUUAACAACUAAACGAUCGUCUGCGAUCUUUAUUCACUUUUUUUUAAUGUGUUGAAAGGCUUUUGUGUAACUUUUAACAUAAAAAAACUUUUCCUAUCUAUUGGCGAAUUCAUAUUUUAUUUCACUUUUAUUUUUUUUAAUUGUUUUUUUAGGUUUUAUUUAAUUUAAUUCUCUUUUCAUUACUACGAUCUUACGAUUUCUCUUAAAAUAUUCUAACUACGAUCCUUACUUUUUCUUUAAAAAAACUAUCAUUUUCAUUUCAUAUUUAUGUUUCAAAAGCCUUUUUUAAGAAAAAAAAAACCACAAAACUUUGUAAAAAAUAAUGUUUAAAACUCCUA